AAGUCACAUGACAGCGAAAAAAAAAAAGAAACCAUGCACCGUUUUGUUGUUUCAAUUUCAAUUUACCAUCAGUAAACACUUGUGCCUCCGAAAAAACACACAAAAGCACUAUGGAAAACGCCUCCAAAGACGAACUUUGUGAGCUGAUGGACAAGCUGCUCAUUAACACGCUGGAGCUGAUCGAACAGGACGUCCAGCUGAGCCAGGAUAUUGCACGUCUAACAACCGAAGGCCAGAUGGAGCUGGCACAUACGCGUUUCACCAAAGGCCCGAUGGCGGUCAGCGCCGUACAGCUGCCGACCGAAGAAUACAAAGAGUUUAGGGCCCUGCAGACUGUGAAGCAAGAUGAAGAUGCUAGCGGCUCUGCAGGUAUACCGCACCUUUCACUGGACAGCCAUCCUGUGGAUGCGGACGAAGGACUCAUUGAUCCGAGCAGUUGGUUUGGUAUUCUUCGUCCACCGUCGUUGAACAAUGCAAAGGAACGGUUUACCCGUGCGCUUGAUUCGAUAGUGGAGCGAGCCAACGUGCGUAUAAAGAUGAACAGCUAUUUAAACGUGUUCGAAAUGCUUCAUAAACGGACGGCAGCGUUGAAUUGAUAUUGGAAAUAUUAAGCAGUAUUGUUAAGAUUCUAUAGUAGUCCGCGUAACGUUUCGUUGAAAUAAAGUAAUGUACCUUCGAAAGGUGUGUUCCGGUACCAUCUUUAUGAAGUGCACUACAGUCAGAAGGCUCAUGUAA